GUAUUGAAAAUGGAUGCAUUUUGUUUGUAUCCAAAUUUCUACGGAUUUGUUUUACAAAUUCCUCAAUAGCCUGUCUUAAAUCGUCGGCUUUUCUGCCAGCUUUCUGCGCGGAAAUACCUUCUUCAUUCAUCACAGUGUAAAAAUGAGCGUGCAAAAGAAUAACGGGCCGUUAAUUGACCCAGGGCUAUGUCGGUGUUGCAGAUCUAUAAAGAAAUGUAGAAUACUCACAGCGGAGUACACCUGGAUGGACCAGCGGGAGGUGUACUCCGACAUGAUCAUGGACUGCUUCGGAAUAUUACUGUCCCACACGGACGACAGCGAGCGUGACUGUGGUGUGUGCGCCACCUGCGUGGUGCGGCUGCGAGAUGCCUCCAGCUUCCGCAGACAGGUGCUUCAGAGUGAGGAAGUGUUCUUGCAAGCCCGGCUGCAGUACCGGGACGAGCUGGACGGCCACGUUUCAGACGUAGAGAAGAAACUCCUAGACCUAGAGCCCAAGCUGGAGCCUCGAGACGACGCCAGCGACCAUCAUUCCGCGCGGGAAGCUGAUGACCGCUCCACGGGGUACCUGAGCGAUGACCACGCGGGGGACAUGGGGGUGGAUGCAGACGUGAAAUCGCCCAAAAAAGAAGACAUCGAGGUGAAACCGGACGCCGGUCUCUCGAAAGACACAGCGCAGCCGCCGCCCUCCGACGACGAUGACGACCUGCCGCUGGCGCUGAAAGCCAAGAAGAGAGUGGGGAAGAAGACGAAGACUAGCAAGAAUGGGAAAAUCACGAAGGCGAAGAAAAAGACGGCGAAAGUUGCGAAAGCCACAACGAAAAAACAACCGAAGCUAUUCAAAAAACAACUAGAAAAGAAGGACACGACAGAACGGGACCUCGACUACAUGGCCGAAGAAAACUUACUGAAUAUCAUAGAAAAUUCAUACGUAGUGCCAUUCAAGAACCGCAGAAACAACUACUAUUGCUACUACUGUAAGGACUAUUAUCCUAAACCGGAGGAUUUACGUGAACACACCAUCACUCAUGACACUAAACCAUUCCAACUUCUAAUGGGGUAUAAAAAGAUGCCCAAGUUAGAUAUUACUAGAAUAGACUGCCGGCUUUGUACGGAGAAAAUUGAUGAUAUAAAUACUUUUAAAACGCAUAUAGAACAAGUGCAUGGCAAAAAGAUAUAUUCUGAGGCUCCAGAUAAAUUGUUACUGUAUAAAUUGACAUGGAAUAACCUUACAUGUGUAAUGUGCAGUGAUGUGUUUGAGGACUUCAAUGGUUUGAACACGCACAUGGUCGAGCAUUUCUCGAAUUAUACGUGCGAUGUUUGCGGCAUGUGCUUUUUAGAGAAGCCAAGGUUAGAUGCGCAUUUAAAAAGGCAUAAAGACGAUGAGAAACACACGUGUGAAAUAUGCGGAAAAGUAUUCAAAUCUAACCAUUAUAAGGAUAUGCAUGUAGAUAUUGUGCAUAAGAAAAAAGCUAUAAUUCGGUGUCCGCGAUGCGACGAGUGUUUUAUGUCUUACGCGCUCAAAAACAAGCAUUUAACAGACGCGCACGGCCAGAAAAGAGUCUACCCUUGCAACUUAUGUGAUAAGGUUUACAAUCGACAGAAAACCUUAACCGAACACCAAAGGAGAAACCAUCAAAAAGUUUUGCGACAUCAGUGUGAAUACUGCGAACAAAGAUUUUACUUACCGUCGCGGUUGAAAGAGCACAUGGCCACUCAUACUGGCGAGAGAAACUUCCGGUGUGAAUAUUGCGAGAAAAGUUAUCCGAGAUUAAAGUCUUUACAGUAUCACAUACGGACACACACGAAUGACCGCAGGUACAGGUGUCAUAUCUGCGGGCAAGCUUUUAUACAGAAUGCUAGUUUGAAAUCUCAUAUAAAGAGCCAUCAUCCUGAAUGUGAGAUUGAGGGGUGUUAUUUUUAAGCGUUGUUUGUGCGUAGAGGCUUGUGUGUGGCAGGUAAGAUUAAGAUGUUAUGUGUAAUGAAGGUAGGGGCUGGAUAGUGAAACUUAACUGUUAAAU